CCGCAAUCGAAUCAACAUCAUACUCUCACCAUUGAGGAGUUCGAGCCGGAUGUUUUUCGUCAACUCAUCGAGUAUAUUCAUACCGGUUGCGUCACUCUACAACCAAGAACCUUGUUAGGUGUUAUGAAUGCCGCUGAUUAUUAUGGAUUGGAUGAACUUAGAAAAGCCUGUGCUGGAUUCGUUCAAUGUUGCAUAACCGUCGAUACUGUUUGUGCAUUAUUAGCAUCGGCUGAACGUUAUAUACAAUACAAAUGCACCAAAUCUUUGGUUCAAAAGGUAUUAGAGUUCGUAGACGAACAUGGCAACGAAGUGUUAAAUUUAGGAUCUUUUACUUUACUGCCUCAACACGUAGUUCGUUUGAUCUUAGCAAGAGAAGAAUUACGUGCUGACGAAUUUACCAAAUUUCAAGCAGCCUUGAUGUGGAGCAAGAAAUAUUACGACAGUAAUCAAGAUAUUCCAUUGAAGGAUAUAAUCGGAAAUUUCCUUGAAUAUAUUCAAUUCCACAAGAUUCCAACAAACGCUUUGGUCAACGAGGUUCAUCCAUUAGGGUUGGUACCUGACAGUAUCAUUAUGAAUGCUUUAGCAUAUCAGGCAGACCCAACCAGUGUCGAGCCCGGGAAACUCUCCCCCCCUAAAGUGAGAAAACAAGGCCGUAGUAUGUCGGUCCAAUCUUCGUUGGAACCAUAUGGUAGCAAUACAACUUUGAGCUCGAGCGGUUCUGACACUGGUUUCGAGCGUAAACAGCACUCUGGUAGCAACUAACCUCAGGCCACGGCCGCACUGACAGCGGCCGUUUCGGAUGAGCCUCGACGCGAGGAUAUAAUCACCAAUGGCGAGAAGGAAAGAGGUUUCUACGAGCAACAAAGAAACGGUGAUGCUGCUCCGACCGAUGCUGAGAUUGAACAAUGGGAGAGGAAGAAAUUACAACGAGAAGAACAACAACGGCACCAGCAACAGCAGGAAGAGGAACAACAAAGACGAAAAGAAGAACAGCAACGAGAAGAAGAUGAACAACAGCAACAACAAGAACAACAGUUCCGAUUAAAGGAAGAAAAAGAAAAGGUAGAACAACAGCAAUUCGAGGAGCAAGAAAGACAAAUACAACAGCAACAGCAACAAGAAGAGCAAAAACAAGAUCAAGAAAAACAGCAGCAACAACAACAACAGCAACAAAAUGUCAACCCGGUGGAAGGAGUACAUGGUGGUCUCUACAUACGAUUAGUUCUCAGACGAGAAGGCCGGACGGACUUGGUUUGGCUAUAUAAAACGCACAUGUUCUAAAUUCAAAUCUUAGAUCUGAUAUUCUCUCCUAUCUGAUAUUCAUUUUCAGACGUUGUUUGUAGUUUAGAGGCAUUGUAAAUCGAGUUGGAUAGAGUUUAAACGAAAUGGUUAUAGUCAUUGCUUUGUCGUCUUUGUUUUUUUUUUAUUAUUUCAUUUUGUAAUAUCAUCGUUUCGUAUAUUUUCGUUUUAUCGAUCGAUAAAUGUUCUUUUGAUAGUGUUAAGAAAUUUUAUAAAUAGAUAUAUAUAUAUACAUACAUACAUAGAGAUUACACACACGACACAUAUAUUACACGCAGGCAGCACGUGCGAAAAGGAAAAGAUGAUUAAUAGAUACAAAUGUUUAACAUACGUUGCCGCGUUUGGAUUUGUUGAAAUUUUAAAUUAGACGGUUUUUUCCCCUGAAUUAACCGUGUGGUUAUAUCAUACAUAAAAUACAUAUUACAUACAUAUAUAUCAUCGUAAUUGUGCACCCAAUUAAGAAGGCUUAUAAUUGGAACGCUUCCUUCGAAUUCGAUUUUGUGAUACAUACUCGAUUGCUUUAACGAAGCACGAUAAGCACAAUUACGCGCCUUAUCAGAGGAAAACUAAUAGAAAAAAAAGAAUUAAAAAAAAAUCAUUUGAGCAAUGUUAACAUCGAUUGUUAAAUAUGCUGUGUGAACAUAACAUAUUUAAAUAAUACAUAGAUAGAUACCAUAUGUAUGUGCGUUGUCAAAUAUGUAUCAAGAUUACAAAACCUUUGUAGUUUCUCGUUAAUUAUAUCAGCUAAUUUCC